UUGAAAAUUUCAGAUUUCUUUCCAGAGACCUAUUCUUCUUUUAAAGAGAAUGAAUAUAAGUUCUUUCGAGAUGCAGCUGGAAGAGAGUUGACUUUAAUAGAUAUUCCUGGAGCUGAAAGACUUCGCAAACGUCUACUUCACAAAUAUUUGAGUGAAAGGCGAUCUAUAAGAGGUAUUAUAUUUGUGAUCGACAGUUCGACAUUCGGCAGAAAAUCUCGUGAUGUCGCUGAAUUAUUAUACGACGUUCUUUAUGAAUCGAGAAAAUGUGUCCCAUCUCUCGUAACAUGUAACAAACAAGAUAGUUCAUUGGCAAAAAGCUCUCGAGUGAUUCAUAUUACUUUGGAACAUGAAUUCGGAUUAAUUAAUGGAACCCGUGAAGCCGCUCUUGAUUCCACUGAUGGCGAUAUGAAAAAGAGAGUUUUAACUGCGACAGGAAAGGACUUUCAAUGGAAUGAUUUAAUGACCACGAAGAUCGAUUUCAUAGAAUGUUGCGCGAUUAAAGGGUUUAAUGGUGGUGAGGACGGUGGCAGGAAAACCGGUCUCAGUUCAGUUCGCGACUGGAUCGAUUCACUAUAG